CCAGCCGAGAGUCGCCCACGAAUCCCCAGACGGCCAUACCCGACUGCGAACCGCAUCCGCAUCCGCGGCCGAACCGCCAUGCCUGCCAUACGCGGCGACAGGUCCAAGAAGAAGACGCGGCGGCACACGCGCGACCUCGACCAGAUCCACGCCGACCUGCACGAUGAGAAGCAUCUCGCCCAGCACAAGGACGCGAAGGCGAUAGAGGACCUGCCGGGGCUCGGCCAGUGGUACUGCACCGAGUGCGCAAAGUGGUUCGAGAGCGAGGCCAACUAUGGCGCACAUCAGAAGGGGAAGGUGCACAAGCGGAGGGUCAAGCAGCUCCGCGACGAGCCAUACUCCCAGAAGGAGGCAGAGGCAGCAGUGGGCCUGGGGACCGACAAUGGGAAGCGGACGACAACGCUAAUGGAGGUUGACGAUGCCGCCGCGGCGAGUUGAGGUGCUCGAUGGAGUCGGCAAG